AUGCCGCGCCUCGCGCGCGUCGCGCUCCUGCUCUGCAGCUUGGUGUCGUCGCAAGACGACUGCGCGGCGCCCGCCGACAUCGCCGUCUUCGACGACGUGCUCAGCGACGCCGCGCUCGCCGCGCUCGACGCCGUGCUCAACACGACGCGGUCGCGCAUGAUUCGCAUCGCAGCGCCGCCCGACGACGUCGCCGCGCGGACGGCCGCCGCCGUCGCGGCGAGCUUCGGCGAGCGCGGGCUGCUCGAGGUCUGGUCGCGCGACCGCUACGAUCCCUCCGUGGCCUUCCACUUCGACAUGGACGAGGGCCUCAACGAUCUCGACCUCGUCGCGCCGCCGGCGACGCUCUACAUCUUCUGCGUCGACCACGACGACGACCUCGCGGCGCCGACGACGAUGGUGCAGCCCGACGGCCUCUACGCCGUGCCGGUGCGACGGAACCGCCUCGUGCGCGCGCCGGGCGCGACGCUCCACGGCGUCCUCGGCGGCGGCGCGCGCAAGCGGCGCCGCAUGCUGCUCUUCAACGCCUGGCCCGACGUCGACCGGCCGCCCGCGUCGUCGCUCCGGGACGUCGCGCGCGGCGAACCGUCGGCGCCCGCGGACGUCCCGGGGACCGGCGGAUCGCCGCGGCCCUUCGUCGACGUGCCGGCGGACCCCGCGGCGCCGCCCUUCCACGUGCGCAUGAUGAACCGCGAGGCCAACGGCUGCGACGAGACGCUGGCGGGCGUCGCCUGGCCCUCCGACUCGGACAUGGCCGCGGACCGGUCGCCGCGGCGCCUCGCCUUCGACGCCCCCCCGCUCCGGGCCGUCGCGCCGGCCGUCGGGCGGCGCUGCGCCUGCGACGCCCGGGGCGCCUGCGCGACCGUGCCCCUGCCGCCGCCGGGCGUCGCGGACGGCGCGUGGGCGGAGCUGGCGCGGGGCGCCGCGGACGCCGCCGCGGCGCGGCUCGAAGCUUUGCCGGCGAGCGACGCCUACGCGCACCUGCUCCGGGGCCGCCUCGCCGUGCGCGCGGCGGCCCUCGCGCGCCGGCCGCUCGGCGAGGCGAGGCAAGCGCUGGCGGACGCGUGCCAAACCGUCCCAAACGCGACGUUCUACGACCACGCGGCGGAGGCCGACACGCUCGGGGCCCAGGUCGCGGCCUGCCGCCGCGACGUCGCCCUCGUCGACCGCUUCAUGGCGCGCGGCGCGGAAACGGGCGGUGCGACGCCCAUGGCCGUCGAGGACGCGAGUACGUUGACCGUCGAGCGGUUCGAGCGGGAGUACGCGAAACCCCGCGUGCCCGUGCUCAUCCGCGGCUGGUCCCUGGACCUCACCUGGGACUCGCUCGUGCGCACAUGCGGCCACCUGCGGCCGCCGCUGCGGACGCGCGGGACGUCGGACGCCUGGGCGGGGCUCGAGUACGCCCGCGGGUCGAACGGCCGACAGGGCCCGAAAACGCUCGCGGACGUCGUGAGCGGCGCGAAAGAGGGCGGCAUGCUCCACGAGGGCGACGUCUUCGACUGGGACGCGACGAGACCCGGCGGCUGCGGGACGCUCCUGGAGACGCUCGUCGUGCCCAAGUACUUUUCGGGCGCUCUGGGGUUCUUCGGCCCCGGCCUCUUCGUCCAACGGAACGCGUCGGGCGGCGGGCCCCACGAGGACGCCUUCGCGACGAGCUUCUGGCAGUACCUGGCGGAGGGCCGCAAACGGUGGCGCGUCGCGGCGCCGGGCGCCGCGAGCGAUUUGUACGCGACGGCGAGAGACUGGGCCGACGCGCACUUUCCGGACGUUCGCUGCCCGAAAUCGCCCUACGCGCGCGCCUUCGCCGGCGGCGACGCCGCCGACUGCGGGGCGCCGCGGCCCGCGGAGCUCCUCGGCGACGUCCCCGGUCUCGCCGUCUGGGAGGCGGUCGCCGAGCCCGGCGACCUCGUCUACGUCCCGCCGACGGCGCCGCACCAGGUCCGCACGCUCGCGCCGUCGCUCGCGCUGUCCAUGAACCGCCUCGAGGCGGCGGCGCUGCCGGACGCGCAGGCGAGCCUCUACGUCGCCGCGCCGGAGAGCGGCUUCGGCUACGCGCGGCCGCGGCACGGGCGGCCGCCGCGCUGGUUCGAGGCCGUCCCGUUGGUCGCGAAGCACCCCUGGCUCCAGACGCUCCGGGGCACGCUGUCGCGGCUCCAGGCCCACGGCGAGGGGCUGGCGGCGCUCGCGGACCGCGGCAAAGCGGCGGAGCUCGCGGGACGGCCGGGGCUGACCUGGGGCGAGUUCGCGUACUACAAGGGCGUGGAAAUCUAA